GAGCCCCCGUUGCGUUACAAUACUUUACUAUAUUGAAAUGCUUUACAUUAACUCAAUCCCAUGGUUCACCUUGUAGCACGAGCCUGACGUCAUCCAAACACAAGCGCGUGCUGAGAGAAUUUACAAAAACGAAAAAAGAAAUGUAUGAAGUUAUAGUUAUAUAUUAUUUCAGAUCAGAAUUGGUUAUUUUGAAAUGAGUAUUUUGAAAUUAGUCACUGGAAAAAAGAGGAUUUUUUGCGCGGUAGGUCAAAGGUUACAGACAAAAUGGCUGAUUACGAAGUUGAAGCGAUCAUUGUGUUGUGAGAGGUCUAGGAGGAAGGAUAGAUUUAAAGAGAGUAUAAACCAAAUCGCCUAAUCAAUUUAUAAGGCUUUAAAUACUGCCCAAAAUAAGUUUAUACUGAUUUUAUUGUAAAAAUAAACAUGUACGCGUUUUAAUAAUGUCCUAAUGCUCACUGUGCCACUGUGUUCAAUGAGAGCAAUUGGAGAUACAGUGUGCGGUCAUUUCUUUGUAGUUAUUUGUUUUAUUUCUGAUGCUGCAAAAUGUACAAAGCUUCGUAUCCGAAUGAGUCUCGGUGCGGAUUUCGCACUUUGAAUACGAUUCUGGCAGUAUCGCUUAAUUUCUAAAACCGCGUUUAAUGUUCCGCGCGCCACACAGAAGAGAUGCGACAGUGUUAAACGGUGUAUGAUGUUUCCGAGAUAAUAUAAGCAACCUGAACCUUUUUUAUCGAUAGCAUUUUUUUAAACUGCAGAAUGAACAGGAAGAAAGGCGACAAGGGAUUCGAAAGUCCACGACCAUACAAAUUAACCCAUCAGGUGGUCUGCAUCAACAACAUUAACUUUCAGCGAAAAUCUGUCAUUGGCCAUGUGGAACUGACAAUCUUUCCAACUGUGGCCAAUCUAAACCGGAUAAAGCUCAAUAGCAAACAGUGCAGAAUAUACAGGGUACGAGUGAAUGAUCUUGAGGCUCCGUUUAUCUACAAUGACCCAACACUGGAAGUGUGUCACCAUGAAUCAAAACAGAGGAACUUGAAUUACUUCUCCAGUGCCUACGCCGCAGCAGUCAGUGCUGUUGAUCCUGAUGGUGGGAAUGGAGAGCUCUGCAUCAAGGUCCCGUCGGAACUUUGGAAGCAAGGCGAUGAAAUGAAGGUGCUGAAAGUGUACAUUGAGUUUUCUUUGGACCAGCCGAAAGGAGGGCUUCACUUUGUAGUGCCUGACGUGGAAGGCAGCUUGGCAGAGAGAGGAGCCCAUGUCUUCUCAUGUGGAUACCAAAAUUCUACAAGGUUCUGGUUUCCCUGUGUGGAUUCCUACUCUGAGCUCUGCACCUGGAAGCUUGAGUUCACAGUGGAUGCCUCCAUGGUAGCAGUGUCUUGUGGAGAUCUGGUUGAAACCAUCUACACUCAUGACAUGAGGAAGAAAACUUUCCACUACAUGCUGCCGAUCCCCACUGCAGCUCCGAACAUUUCCCUUGCUGUGGGGCCCUUUGAGAUCCUUGUGGACCCAUAUAUGCACGAGGUGACCCAUUUCUGUUUGCCCCAGCUCUUACCAUUGCUCAAACACUCCAUGUCCUUCCUUCAUGAGAUCUUUGAAUUCUUUGAGGAGAUACUUACCUGUCGCUAUCCGUACUCCUGCUUCAAGACUGUGUUUGUCGAUGAGGCCUAUGUCCAGGUGUCAUCAUAUGCGUCUAUGAGCAUAUUCAGUACAAAUCUUCUGCACAGUGCAAUGAUUAUAGACCAGACCCCCCUGACCAGACGCUGUUUAGCUCAAGCCUUGGCUCAGCAGUUUUUUGGCUGCUUUAUAUCCCGAAUGUCCUGGUCUGAUGAAUGGGUUCUCAAGGGGAUCUCGGGAUACAUUUAUGGUCUGUACCUGAAGAAGACUUUUGGUGUGAAUGAGUACCGACACUGGAUCAAAGAGGAGCUAGACAAAAUAGUGGACUACGAGUUGAAGACUGGCGGGGUUUUACUGCAUCCAGCAUUUUGUGCUGGCAAAGAGAAGGAUAAUCCCAGUCCACACCUGCAUUUCUCAAUAAAACACCCCCACACUUUGUCCUGGGAGUACUAUAAGAUGUUCCAGUGUAAAGCGCACCUUGUCAUGAGGCUGAUAGAAAACAGAAUCAGCAUGGAGUUCAUGUUACAGGUGUUCAACAAACUUCUGAGUUUGGCCAGCACUGCAUCAUCUCAGAAGUUCCAGUCUCACAUGUGGAGUCAGAUGCUGGUGUCAACAUCAGGAUUUCUGAAAUCUAUUUCUAAUGUCUCUGGGAAGGACAUUGGGCCAUUGAUAAAGCAAUGGGUAGAUCAGAGUGCAGUUGUGAAGUUUUUUGGCAGCUUUGCAUUCAAUAGGAAACGAAAUGUGCUUGAGUUAGAAAUAAAGCAGGACUAUACAUCAUCAGGCACUCAAAAAUACGUGGGCCCCAUUAAAGUGACAGUGCAGGAACUGGACGGAUCCUUCAACCACACGUUACAGAUCGAAGAAAACAGCCUGAAACAUGAUAUCCCAUGUCAUUCCAAGAGCAGAAGAAACAAGAAAAAGAAGAUCCCACUGAUGAAUGGAGAAGAAGUGGACAUGGACUUGUCUGCAAUGGAAAAACAGAGCAGCACAGGCAAGGGCAGGGUCAGGACGGCUCUCUGGCAAUUGUGCCUCAACUCUGACAUAGGGAGAGGAGCAUCUGCCUGUGCAGACUCCCCUCUGCUGUGGAUAAGGAUAGACCCGGACAUGUCGAUUUUAAGAAAGGUAGAGUUUGAACAGGCUGACUUCAUGUGGCAAUACCAGUUGCGUUAUGAAAGAGAUGUUGUGGCUCAGGAAGAAGCCAUUUCAGCCCUGGAGAAAUUCCCUACCCCAGCAUCCCGACUAGCCCUCACAGACAUUCUGGAACAAGAGCAGUGUUUCUACAAGGUCAGGAUGCAGGCUUGCUUCUGCCUUGCCAAGAUUGCCAAUGCAAUGGUGAGCACCUGGACAGGACCUCCUGCAAUGAAGUCUCUCUUCACCAGGAUGUUUUGCUGUAAGAGUUGUUCAAACAUUGUGAAGACUAACAACUUCAUGAACUUCCAGAGCUACUUCCUACAGAAGACUAUGCCUGUUGCCAUGGCUUUGCUCAGAGAUGUCCACAGCCUAUGUCCAAAGGAGGUUUUGAACUUCAUUUUAGACCUCAUUAAGUACAAUGACAACCGGAAGAAUAAGUUUUCUGAUAAUUACUACCGUGCUGAGCUUAUCGAUGCCCUUGCCAACUCCCUGACUCCAGCCAUCAGUAUCAAUAAUGAAGUGCGUACUGUGGACAACCUGAAUGCUGAUGUCCGCCUUAUUCUAGAGGAGAUUACACGUUUCCUUAACAUGGAGAAGCUGCUCCCUAGUUACAGGAACACCAUCACUGUUAGUUGCCUGAGAGCCAUCAGAAUGUUGCAGAAGAAUGGACACAUUCCCAGCGAUCCGUCUCUUUUUAAGUCAUAUGCUGAGUAUGGGCACUUUGUGGAUGUACGUCUUGCAGCUUUGGAGGCUGUUGUUGACUACACACAAGUUGACAGGAGUUCCGAGGAACUUCAGUGGCUGCUCAACAUGGUUCAGAAUGAUCCUGUGCACUACAUCAGGCAUAAGAUCUUAAGUAUGCUGGCAAAAAAUCCACCCUUUACGAAAAACACAGAGUCUCCCCUUUGCAAUGAAGCUCUCGUUGAUCAGCUUUGGAAGCUAAUGAAUUCUGGUACCUGUCAUGACUGGAGGCUACGCUGUGAUGCAGUGAACCUAUAUUACACUCUCUUUGGCCUCAGCAGACCUUCAUGCUUGCCUCUGCCUGAGCUGGGGUUGGUUCUCAAUCUGAAGGAAAAGAAAGCUGUUCUUAAUCCCACCAUCAAACCUGAGAUAGCAGCUGGCAACCUGGAGCCAGGGAACAAUGCAAAUAUUCAUGGACCCAUCAUGGGCUUCCCUAGCAGUCAUGAGGAUGAGCACCCAGCUAUUGAACUGCCACUCAGUGCACCGACUCCUCCAGUCGGACAGGGGUUGAAGAGAAAAGCAGAGACACCUCUAGGAUCCCCGCUGGAGCCUGGUCAGGUACUGGAGAAGGAUGACGACAGCAGUAAAGUCAAAUUAAAAAUCAGAUUCUCAAAUUCGCAGGAGGAGGAAGAUAUUGAUAUGGAUACAGUCCAUGACAGCCAGGCUUUUAUCUAUCAUCAUUUAAAUAUGCUUGAAAGGCCAUCUACACCAGGGAAAGAACCACCUUGUGUGGAACAAACCAUCCUGUCCAUGCCAGCGACUCCCCUCUCCAUGUUUGGCAAAGAAACCAAUUCUUCCUCCAAGCACAGCGACCACCACCACCACCACCACCAUCACCAUGAGCACAAGAAGAAGAAGAAGAAGCACAAGCACAAACACAAGCACAAGCACAAGCAUGAGAGCAAGGACAAGGAUAAGGACAAAGAGAAAGACAGGGAAAGGGACACCCAUACCUUUAUGAACAGCCCUGCUAGCGGUCGGUCAAUAUGCUCGCCUUCCCUCUCUGACUGAGUUUGCAGGGGAAUCUCACAGUAGAUCUUCCCUCUGUUUGCCCUUGCAGGAGGUAGGUUUCACCAAGGGCUUCUGUGUUCUGAUCGCCCUCGACCGAAUGUUCAGAUGGAUGUGCUUCAUUUAGGGCAAUGAAACUCUGGUGAUUCCUUCAGUUUUGCUUUAUUUAAUUUCUGACUGCACAAAGCAAAUCAUUUCCAACACGACUUCGCCGGUUUAUGGGCACCCUGCUGGACAUCUUGUUCACCAUGAGGACCAUUAAAGCUGAUAUAAAUCUUAUAACAGUUGAGAAAUGGAAACGUUUGGCAACUAAUUUUACUAGGGAACCUAUUCCAUUGGCAAAACCCAGCCACUUUCACUUUCAGACAGCUGCUUCCCUUUUCAGUCUUUUUUUAAACUUUCCCUCUACAGGGAGCUUUGAAUCUUGGGAAAGUAAUUUCAUUUGGAAAGGUAAUUGAAUUACAACUGCAGAGUAUUUUUUAAAAUUAUUUUCAUAUAUGUAUUAUUUUGUGUUGUCAGUGGUGUAUCGUUAAGACAAAUCCCUGGCCUCCAUUGAUAUUUCAGCUACUCCAAAAGAAGUACAUCUUUUCAUUUUUAAAAUUGGUAAUUGUGUUAAUGGACCUACAUUUAAAAUUAAAUUAAAAUAAGAGGCUUCUUAUAUUUAGGCAGCUUUACUGUACCAUGGUGGUUAACAGUUUGAUUCUGGAUAUAACAUGAUGUUACUGAUUUAAAGAAACUGUAGUGGUCACCUUAGCAGUAUUCUCUGAAAAAAUACAAGAACAUGCUGUACCUGCAAAUGCAAAGGAGUCAUUAUCAUUUUUCUACAGUUCUGUAUGAUAUUUUGCAGCAUUUUUGCAAUGACGUAAAAUUGGGAGCGUACCUUUUCCCCUUUUACUAAAUCAAAUUUCAUUAUAACCUUUUAUGAUAUUGUUUGUCUUUUUUCAUAGCCAUGCCACUCUUUUUAUUGUGUAAAUUCAUUUAUGGUAAGUUUAGUAGUUUUACAUUGCUUUGACCAAAAUUGUCAGAAAUAAAAAACUACCAAAGCAAACAAAGUUAAUAAUAUAAGUAUUCUUCAUUGCCACGUGUGUAACUUUUAACUGAAACCCGAAAAUCCAGUAUCUUAACAAAUAAAGCAUUUAAUAGUG